GGCGCGUGCCGGCAACGUGCCGGGGCUGAGGCUGCGACGGAGAGAUGGAGCCCGACGGCGCGACACCAAAUCAGAUGCAAACUGAAUCUUUGUAUUCAUGUCCCAACACUGUGUCACCGGUGCCAUUAAAUAGUCUGACCAGUGCUCCAAGGUUUGGAACAGUUACUCCAAAUCGCGUCUUUGUAGGAGGAAUUGAUUUUAAGACUAAUGAAAAUGAUCUGAGGAAGUUUUUUGCUCAAUAUGGCAGUGUGAAAGAAGUGAAGAUAGUAAAUGACAGAGCUGGAGUAUCAAAGGGGUAUGGCUUCAUUACUUUUGAAACCCAAGAAGAUGCACAGAAGAUUUUACAAGAGGCUAAAAAACUUAAUUAUAGAGAUAAGAAAUUGAAUAUUGGUCCAGCAAUCAGAAAACAACAAAUACGGAGUCCUCGUUCUACUAUAAUACCAGAAGCUGCUACAAUGUACUUAACUACAUCAAGUGGAUAUCCUUACAUAUACCAUAAUGGAGUGGCUUAUUUUCAUACAUCUGAAGUUGCUUCUGUUCAGCAACCAUGGCCAUCGCGCUCUGUUUCCACUUCACCUGUGAUGGUGGCUCAACCAGUUUAUCAGUCUCCUACGUACCAUUAUCAGGCACCAGCACAGUGUGUUCCAAGUCAGUGGCAGUGGUCUGUUCCACAGUCUUCUGUCUCUUCACCUUCAUUCUUGUAUGUGCAACCAUCCGAAGUCAUUUAUCAGCCAAUAGGGAUUACCCAGGAAGGCGGAUGUGUACCUCCACCUCUCCUUGUGGAAGCUGCAGCUCCAGAGGUGUAUUCUGAUCAUGGAGUUCAAGCACCACAUCACCAGCCAGUUGCCCAGAAUGCCAUAGCCAUGCCCGCACCUACACUAUGGAGCAUUCAGUAUUAAGCCAUUUGGACAGCUCUGAUCUACCUGCACUGAUUUUCUUGUCCAGUCCUUCCUGUGUGGCUGAGAUCCAUCAUCAACAUAGCAGCUCGCAGCUGCCUGCUGUGGAACUUGCGGAACUGAGGUUGCAUUCUGUGAGAAGAAAUUUUUCACAUCCUUCAUCUGAGUCGGAAACCUCAAUACACACGAAGUCCCCAUUUUCAUCCUAGAAAAGCUUGCAGAAUGGAAGAGAAAAUUCCACCUUCUACAGACUGUAAAACAAAUUUUAUUUUCUUUUAGCUAUCUACUUUGCUAACAUACCUAUCACAUGGAGGAUAUGUUGUUCCUAACUCCUAACAUUUACCUGAAAAUGCCAAAGUUAAAUACCACUCUUUUUCAUAAAGUAAUCAAAUGAAAUACUGUCGUUUGGACAGGUAAAAACACAUGAAACCAUGAUUUUAUCCUGCAUUUCUUAGUAAAAAUACUGUUACAGGACAAAAUGGGGAUUUCUGAUGCACAGCCUACUGUAUAAACUUUGGUUACUAACAUAGAUUGGAAACCAGCAUACUUCUUAUUAAAGGGAAAAUUUUAACAUUUAAUUUCUGGAUUAUAUAAAUUUUAAAGAUACAUUAGUUACAAAGCAAAAGCCAUUUUCCCACAUACUGAGAGCAUUUCUGUGCUGUGGAUUAAAGUCUGGUUAUUUAAAUUUGUGCAUUUUAUUUUAAUUCCAAAAGUUUGUCUAUUUUUUUUUAAUUGGUAUUCUUUACUUUUUUAAGGUAUUUAACUUAUGUAUCAUUUUAGUACUUGGGAAUAAUAACUUUUUAUAAUCAAAUUGGAUUACUAGUUUAUCCUCCUAUGACGCUGACAUUUUGCUCGUGUAUCAUAAGCAAUAAAUUUGGUUUUUGGUAUGUUUUUAGCUGUAGAAAAAAGCAAGAUUUAACUUAUUGCUAUUACAAACACCAUUGAAAACUUCUCCUUGUUUCUUUGACUUUUUUCUGUUGUUUGUGCAGAACUUAGGUACUCCCUGACAAUAUCACAAGAUGAAAUACCACUUCCUCGUCUGCAGGGAGAUAAUUGUCUUUAUUUUGACUUGCUUCUCCUCUCACCUUCUGGAGUUGCAUCUAUUUUAUAAAAGGCCGAUUCCUCAAAGGUUAAAAUACAGCCUCUAGUUAAUAGGAGUGCACUGAGGUCUUUAUGUAAAUAUCCUUCAGCUUUUCAGUUUUAUCUGUUCUGUAGUAAUCUGGGGGGUUUCUUUUUGUGGGGCUUUGUUUUGCUUAGGUUUUUUUAAUUAUUCAGAGAUCUUACAGAGUGGGCGCUGCAGACAGUAAAUAAUCUGUGUGUAAUAUGUAAAUAUAUUUAAAGAUUUAUAGCACUUAGUAGCAUUCUUUCAUAUUGUGCAGGAAGAGAGGUGGACUCUAGUUCUGUUCUUAUGCUGUUUGCAAAUUGUUGUGAAAGGAGAUGCCAUGUACUAUGACUUGGUUGCAAGUUUGUUCAAGUGACUUUCUGCCUUUUGCUAGGUAGAAAAAUCUGCCCAAAUAUAACUUAAUAGCUUCUAUUUUAAAAUACUUGUUACUAUAGCAGCUGUGGGGGAUUGUUUUACCAAUUCAUAUAAAAAAAGAUACACGAUUUGUUGGAUACAUGGGAAUUUCAGCCCAUUCUUGGUGAGGGAAAUACUCAUCUGCUGUAGAUCGUUGUGUUUCUGAGCCAGUCUGUACCACUAAACAUCUGUCCAGUUGUUCUGUUUGAUAUUCAGAUUUUAGAAUUCCUCAAUAUAAAUAUUACAGACAUCUUGGCACAUUGUAACAAUAAUUCAUUUCCAUGGAGGAAUUUUUAUCUAGUAAAUUAUUACACUUUUUAAUGAAGUGCUGUCUCUGAAGGUGCCAAAGAAAGGUUCUUAGAGCCUUAUUUCUUCUAUCAUGAAACAAAUACGCGCUGACCCAGACUUCAGAAGAUUUAAUCCGAAGUCCUUGUAGGAAGGUUCUUUCAGCUAAGGAACUGGCUUGCAAGUGUACAAAUACUGUGCAGUCAUUUACAUGUCAUCAGAUUGUGGCUCUAGUCCAGAUACUCACAGAAUGUAGUUUAUUUUCUAUUGAUAACUACAGAUGUUAAAUUGUUGAUAAUGAGUUGAUCCCAUGGCCUUUGUUUCAGAGAACAUGUACUUUGGUUUUACUUGCAUAUGAACUUGAUCAUUUGGGAAGGAUAUUCAGUGUUAGGCACACAACUAUACCUGCAGCGUUCUGCUUUGGGGCUUCUAACGUCACUGUGGAGGUGCUGUUAGGUUUGUAUCACCAGGUCUUAACAAUGCUUCAUGUUGACUUGAGAGACCUAGAAGACACCAAGACCAAGCUCUGAAUGGUGGCUUUCCUCCAGGAGCCACAGGUCACUGUUGAAAUACUGAGGGCUCUCUGUUGAUAUUGUAGUUCAUUUUUCUUCAGACUGCUUGCCAAGAAUGAUGGCAUAACAUCAAACCAAUAGUAACUGAACCUUUAAGCUUCCAGUGGUUGAAUUCUUCUGCAGGCAAAAUUGAGGCACAAUAACUGACUUCUGGAAUUCCAUUACAGGGAUACACAAAUGGUAUGUGCUGUGAAAGAGCCACAUCAUUUCCUCAGGUAGAGCCUACAAUUGCAUUAUCUUGAUGUUCCAGCAUUCAUUACUUUUUUAUUCUCUUUAACUACACAGUUUUAUUCUCCUGACACUUAAAAUUUCCAUAAUAUGGGGGAUUCUUGUGCUCUUAUGCAAGUCAUUUAGUUAACUGCAGCUGCUAACAUCCUGAUCCCUCACUGAUUUUAGGGGCUGGAGAAGGGUAACAUUCUCUUGGGUCUUCUGCAUUUUCCCAUUGAUAGAUGCAAGGCUUUACACACAUGCUGGGAGGAACACAUCAGAUUAGAACUCUGCCCUGUGGACUUCCAGUAACUAACAGCAAAUAACCAUCUUUGUGCACUGCUUGUUACAUUCAUGUGUUAGCAAACUAGAUCAGUUUUCUGGCUUCCACCCCUUAGAAUUUAGAGACCUGGCUGGUAUUGUUUUCUACAGACCUAGCUGUUACAGUAUUUCUAGCAACCAUUGUCUAUUUCAUGUUAUGUUUAUAGGGCAAAAUGCUAGUGCUAACAUCCUCUAUUAGAUAACUGGAUAAAAACCUGUAGACAAGCAGAAAACUUACUGAAGUUACCUCUCUCUUGUAUUUUGUUUGAUCAAGGACUAAUGUGUUAAAUAGAAUUCUCUAGUUCACUAACAUCUUUGGUUCCUGCUACUUCUAAUCUUAAGCAUCAGAAGUCCAUUCAUCAUCCCUGCAAAUCUAUUUACAUUUUUAAUAUUUAACUGGGAAUUCUUUGUAUUCUGAAAUUAAUUUUUAAAAAUAGCUGAUAGUAAGUCAAUGGCUAAACUGCAUUCCAGUAGUAACUGAGCAGAAACUAGUAGGACACAUGGUUCUCUUGAAGCAUUUUUCUCUGUUUAACAUAGUUCCAAAAUCUGAGUUGUAGGGUUGUAAAUAGUUUUUUAUAGCAAAAGUUACUGUAAAAUAGGUUCGUAAUGUUGGAAGUACUACAGUAGUUUUAAUUCACCUGUAUAAAAGUGUCUUCUGUUUCCUAUUUAAGUAAAAACAAAGUUUAAAUCAGUAUUUUAAGGAUCAGAAAUACAAUGCUAGUGUCUUAAUACAUGUGUGCAAUCCUGUAUGUAACCCUUGUAAGCUGUUAAGCAGAAAAUCCAAAUAGAUAUAUAGAAAGCAGAACAGUAUUACUUCUAACAAUGUUUAAUAAUGUCGCCAAGGUGUAAUGGGAAAGUGUAGGUCUUGUAAGGCCUUCUUAAACUUUUGGAGUCACAAAUAAUUUAAAGAAGUAUUGAAACUAAUUUAAAGGGCCCCAUGUGGUCAUAUUGUACCUCUGUCAGUGGAGCCGGAGUCUGCAUAAAGGGUGUACAUUAAAGGUAAACUGAAUACUGCUCAUAAUACUUCCAGUUGUUUUUAAUCAGAUAAACUAGAACAUCCAAUUUCAUUGUCAAAUGUGUGAUUUUGGUUGAUCAUAUGGCUGUGUUAUUUGACACUAUGUGGCAGAUGCAGGUGAUCUAGGUACUGCAGCUUUGGUAAGUGAGAUACUGGGGAUGUGCAAAUUAGUAAAUUUGUAGAUCUCGUGUAAGAGAAAUGUUAGAAAUCUUAUAAAUCAAAUGCUCUUUAUGUUGAACCUACUUGUAACACAGCAAUAAUAAACAAGUUUCUGUAGUUCAACUUCUAGUAAAGUUCUGGGUUGGUAACUGAAAGUUUUAAUUCACAUUGGUCAGUGUCUACUGUUUGGAUUGUAACUUUGGUUUAUUUAAUUGUAUUGAUGAGUAUGGGUUAGAAAAAUACAAC